GCGUCUAGUCGGCCGGAAAACCACAUGAAGAAGACCAUUUAAACGGAAGUGAACAGUAACCAAGAACAAUUUUUACGUUAGCGUUUUUAUUGUUGUUAUUUAGACGUUUAUUAAAACCCUGCAUAGCAUCACAUACUUACCCCAGGUACUAUUUUAUUCGCGUUGGAGAAAGGUUAGGUUGAUGUUAUCUAGGUAACGCUAGGUAGCUAGCCUCUAACAAUGGCUGACUGUAUGGUUUUUCACACUCAAAUAGCCUCCAUUAUGGAGGUGCUAGCGAAUGCAGCCGUGGCAGAGAUCUGUAAGCUCGUAGACGACGACUACGCGGUGUUUCGUUUGGAAAUAACUCAAAGACAAAAAGAAAACAGGGCAUUGCAGAGGAAACUACAGCUCCUGGAACUGAAGGUGCCACGGGACCGCGCUGACAAGACAAUGCGAGAGCGCGUCCUCGCCAGUCGUCCCAGAAGUGUCAAGAUCCUCGACAGAUACAGAGGAACCGCAAGAGUUGAAGGACAUCUUACUGGAGGCCACAGGAGCUUUGUGAAGCCAGCGGGACACAAUACAUGUAGAGAUGACCAACCAAUCACUGUUGAUGAGGGGAGUGGAACCUCAACCCAGCACGUUAUCGUGAUCGAGGAUGCAGAGGCUGCAGGUCCUGAGGUCAAGCUGGAGAGGUCUCAAGAAGAGGAGGACCCACGGCACAGCAGAUGCCACUAUACUGGAACGGCUGGCGCGCCCCCUGUAGCCACAGAGGAUCCCACUACCGCCCCAGCGCCACCCAUUACCCGACGAAACAUCACGGAGGAGGAGGAGGGUCCAGAGGUGCCGCUCAUGAAGGAGGAGGGGUGUGAGGAGGGUCUGGGGAACCCUGAGGGGAACAUGGCCAUGGACGACAACCAGACUACACCUCCUCCUGAACCCACAGAGGAACCAGCUGAGCAGCACACAACCACAUACAGUCUCACUGAGUCAGUAAACAUGGAGGAAGGGAAGCCUGAUCUGCUACUAGUCAAAGAGGAGACAAUAGAGGACGGACAAGAGAGCACUGAUCUGCUGAGUGGACUAAAGAUGGGGGAGCAAGGUGGUUGGCUGGAGGCUAACAGCGGAGACUGGGCGGCCAUCUUGGAUACCCAGGCCAGUGCAGCCAAGAGCCCAGGGGACAACAUCAUUGAGCAUGCCAGGACCAGAUGCGACAUAGUGGAGGUCAAUGGAUGGAACAGCGUCCUUAAUUCUGGGCUGGGGAACAACACUGUUAACCACAACCAGAAACAGACGGUUGAAUACAAAACAACAGCUGAACUUAGUCUUCAUGACAACAGACUGGCUGAGACCAGGGCGAGGCGUAGAUUUGGUCUGCGGGGACGGGGAGGUGUCUGUAUGAGAACAGCCACAGACUCGGCUAGCGAUGCUCCGUCCUGCUCCUAUAGUUGUGAUUCAGAGAGACUGAUGGCGCCUCAGGUUAACCCUCUAACAGGUGCUGCCUUCAGCCUGCCUUCUAUAGGAUCUAUCAACUGGAACAUGGACCCUGCAACAACACAGACACUCCCUGGUCUUCGUCCUCCUCACAAUCUCCUAAUGUUAAACCAGACCUCAGACAAUGCCAGUGCCUCAACACUAAAUAUCUACACAAGCCCAUUGACAAAUGACAGUAGUAGAGAUGGAAUCAGUAAAGGUGGCAUCGCCAAAGAUAAGUGUUUCCCGUGUUCGUUCUGUGGGAAAGCCUUCAGUUUCCCCAAACAGGUGGAGAUCCACCAGAGGAUGCACACGGGGGAGAAACCAUUCGGCUGCCACCUGUGCUGGGCCAGUUUUUCACACUCGUUCAGCCUGAAGAGGCACCAGAGGGUCCACACAGGGGAGAAACCAUUCAAUUGCCCCCAGUGUGAGAAGAGGUUUUCCCACCAGCACCAGCUGAAGAUGCACCUGAAGGUCCACAUGGUAGAGAGACUGUUCGCCUGUACACACUGCGGGUUCUCAGAGAGGAGAUACCUCAGGAUACACCAGCAGAAAACAUGGUCCAUGUAUAGAGUAUAGUAACAUAUAGUACUAGUUAGCGUGUUUGCAGUUCAUUCUGUUGCUUUUGGAUUUAGUAAUCCACUGGAUGAGGUAAACUCCACCAAGCACUGCCAGAAGAGGACUGAGUUCUUCCUAGCCACUGUGCUUCUACAUCUGCAUUGCUUGCUGUUUGGGGUCUUAGUCUGGGUUUCUGCUGAUGUAUAAAGGGCUUUAUGAAUGCAUUUGAUUGCAAUUUGAUUGAACUGAGGAAAGAAUGAGUAUGAUGAGGCAGAGUAGAUGAUAUGGUGCUGGAUGGUGUGAUGGUGUCUAGUAAAGAUGCUUCACUAAUGAAGAAUGACAAACUUAGUCCCUUUAGGUUGAUACUGGUGGUGUUAUAGUGAGAUCAGGAUGGUGCCUUGUAAUGUUAAACCUUUUCCAAAGUAUUCUGAAAUUCAUUUCAUCAAAGUAAGGGUUCCAGAUUUACAGAAAAGGUCCAAUGGUACCAUAGUGAGAAAAGUUAAUCUACUUGUAUCGUUUUGUGCAAUAAAAGUACCGUACAUAAAAGUUAUGCGAGUAAAUUACCAUUUUGUUGAAAUGAAAUACGAAAUUUGACUGUGCUGACUGACUUGGUUAUUUUUGUAUCAUUGCAGGGACUGAGUUUCCCUAAAGUCAAUUUCAACUUUAUAUUUGGGGAAAAUGGUCAGUUACUUGAUAAAAGUGCAAGGGCCACUUUCUCCACCAUUCAAACAAUCCUUUGCCGCAAUCUUCCAUCACAUUCUCUUGCAGACACUUCCAGGGAGGUUGGCUACAGCGGCAUGGGCCUUAAACUUCUUGAUAACAUUACGUACGGUAGAAACAGGAACUCUGGAGAUGGACUUGUAGCCUUGAUUGUCCAUGCUUUGCUACAAUCUUGUGUCUGACCUCUUCAGAUAAUUCUCUGGUUUUCUUUAUUUUCUCCAUGCUUAUUACAGUACACACAGUGACAAACACACAGGAGAAUGAGUCCUUUUCUCUAUUCAAACUUCUUCUUCUACUAUGGUAUAAUGGCGUUCGCAACAUUUAGAUGUGCAUUCCGCCACCUACUGUGCAGGUAGAUAAUAAGGAUCCCAAAAAGGAAAACGUUUCGGUAAAAAUAAAUAAAAUAUCAUACAAACUUUCCAAAAAAUAAAUUAACUACACAAAAUCAACCUGCUUUUCUGUAAAAACCUCAUUCUAAUAGUAUCCAUUCUACCAUGCUCCAGUUCACCACUAGACAGUCAUCAGACGACCAGAGAUCCAUGCUGGACAACCCAGCCCACGAUCUACGACCAAUCUAGCGAAGCGCAGCUCAGAGUAAAUAUUUAUUGCAUUCUCCUUUUUCAAAUGGACGGUAAUUUAGAAUGCAUAAGAUACUGUAGUUAUGAUAGCAUAGCUUCUCCCUUUGCUACUCAGUCUUCCCGCUCUUUCACUCAAACCCAACCCCCUCUCUUUGUGUUAACCAGUCGUCGUAUCUGUUCCGUCCACCAGGGACGUU